AUGGCUCUGGACAGUCGUGCCGCUUCAAUCGGAACUCCAGAAAUAGUUACUUCGUGGGGUACCAAGGGUACCACUUCGUUUGGACGUCGUUUGACCAAGUCUCACGGCCUCUGUGUCCGUUGCGGCAAGAGAUCCUUCCACACUCAGCAGAAGCACUGUGCUUCUUGCGGCUUCCCCAACAGGAAGAUGCGCAGCUUCAACUGGUCCAUCAAGGCUAAGCGUCGUCGCACCACCGGUUCCGGUCGUUGCCGUUAUCUCAAGCUCGUCGACCGCAGGGCUAAGAACGGCUUCAAGGAGGGUUCCGUCGCCAAGAAGGCCGGCUCCGCUGCCUCCAACUAAAUUGGUGGCUAAGCAGUGGUGCACCGUUGUCCUGACCAAACGGUAAGGAGACGGUUCAGCAAGAGCAGCUAAGGUCUGGAUGACUUCCUGGUACUUCAAAG